GAAAAACACAACAAAUUGGAAUAUAUUAAUUUUUUUCAUUAUGCUUAUGAAAAUUUUGUUUUGCGUCGUUUCAUUGGUCGCUGUAAUAGAUGGGAGGGAGAUAAAAUGUUACUUUUGCAUUGACGACAAUACUCUCGCCAGUAAACAUGACCACGUUGGCAACUGCAAAGGUAUAGCUUGGUCAGUCAUAAGUGAUUGCAAAUAUGGCUGUGUCACUUAUCAGGCUAAAAUUAAAGAAUUUUUUGAUGCAGGAGUAGAUAAUCAUUUUGCAAGGUGGAGAAGAGGUUGCGCUGUUGAAGGAGGGUGUGCCAAAAUUGAAGCGAACUUACAUGAACGUUGGAAGGAUGAUAUUCUAGAAUAUGAUUGUCAAGAGUGUGAUAAGGACUAUUGCAAUAAUAGAGCUAAUCAUCCAGGAUAUAAUUUCAAAGGUCGUCUCGGUUUACAUUACACCUGGGAGCGGGAAUCGAAGUAAUAUUUAUUCAUUCGAAUA